AUGCAGCUGGAGCAACAAGAGCGGGCGCUGGCUCGAACCCUGGUCAUUGAGCUGUUGGCAUACCAAUUUGCCUUUCCAGUACACUGGAUCGAAACUCAAGAUGAGUUCUUGUCACAACCCAAUGCAGUAGAGCGAUAUAUAGAAAUAGGACCAACAAAGGUUCUGUCCACAAUGGGGAAAAAGACGGCUGGCAAGAAGUACCACCAGCAGGACCAGCUGCGCUUGCUGCAUCGAGAGUUUUUGUCCUAUUCAGAAGAUUACGCCCGUAUUUGCCAUGAAUUCGACAGACCUCAAUCUCUUGCACCAGAGGAAUCACCAAAGCGGCAGAUCUCCUCGACUGCAUCUUCUUUGUCCUCAGUUGCCACAGAUAGCCCUAGACCUGAGUCCAAUUUAGUGACCUCGUCGCCCAGGGUGGCGCUAGUGGAAGAUAACCUCCUCAGUGCUGGGGAUAUUGUCGUCGCAUUGACAGCCCAGAAGCUUAAACAACCAUUCGACCAGGUACCCACGGAGAAAUCGAUUCGGAAAUCCACACUACAAAAUGAACUUAUCGGGGACUUGGUCACCGAGUUCGGCAGAACUCCGGAUGGCUGUGAGGACUUUCCGCUAAAUUCUCUCGGAACUUCCUUGCAGUCCAGCUUCACUGGACGCCCAGGAAAAACCAUUUCUGCCCUGAUAUCGAAAUUAUUCUCGUCUAAGCUUCCUGCAGGGUGGAACCAGGCCGCCGCUCGUGCUUAUGUCAAGGAGCAAUGGGGGCUUGGUCCGCAGCGUCAAACGGCCAUCCUAUGUUUUGCUGUGACCUUGGAUCCAAGAAAUAGGCUUGAAAAUACGCAGCAAGCUCGAGAGUUUAUGGACAGCAUCGUAGAUCGAUAUAGUAAAUAUGCUGGAAUCAUCCUCAGUACUGGGGCCGAUCGGACCGAGUCUCUUCAUCCCACUUCAAACGCCAUGGUCGACGCCAGAGCAGUGGAAAGUCUACGACAAGAGCAGCGAAGCUCAUUCCAGCAUCUUUAUCAGGCUUUGGCAAAAAUUAUUCAAUCUAACACGAGCGAUGCCAGAGAAAGAAAGUCCCACAGCAAGAAGCUCUGGCAAGCUGCAGAGAAACAAUUAGACACCUGGCGAGCAGAACUGGGAGAAGACUACUUGACGGGCAUAUUACCCAAGUUCGAUCCCCUCCGAGCUCGAGUGUACAAUUCCUGGUGGAACUGGGGACGCGUGGACAUUGCUGCAUGGUUAUUGGAAGCCUCAACGUCUACUGAAUCACCCGAUGCUGAUGCAUCAUCCACUGAGGCCCAUAUUUUGCGCAUUUUGAACCGAUCUGAUGUCAGCUGCUCGAAAAUUCUAGACUAUGCUAUCUCGCUAUUGCUCGAGACCCCGUACAAGAGACUGCACAAUUUGAAAACAGAGGAUUGUCUCCAAAGUUGCAAAGACGCAAUUCAUGAAAAGCCACUGUUCCGUCACACAAGCCCGCCUUUAGAGCCGCGCACAACCGUGACAUCAAAAGGUAUUGUGGAGUAUGAAGAGGUCCAAAGAACCAUUUUCGGUCGACCAGAUACAUAUUCUGCCCUAAUGAAACGAGGCAGCCGUUUUGAAUCUCCCAGUCAACAGAGACCACCAUUCAUACAUCUGCGUCGUCAGGAAGGCUUUCACUUCACUUACAAUGAGGAUCUCACAUUAUCCUUGCUCAAGUCUUUAGACGCAGCGACUUCAUAUGGGGUGACUUUUGUUAGCAAGACAGUGCUGAUCACCGGAGCUGGUGCGCAGUCGAUCGGGGCAGAAAUCGUCAAGGGCUUGUUGACGGGAGGAGCCAAAGUUAUUGUAACGACCAGCCGAUCCAAUUAUGAUUUUUACCAGUCUUUGUAUCGUAAUUAUUGUGGCCGCGACUCAGAGCUCAUUGUCUUUCCGUUCAACCAGGCCAGCAAACAGGACUGUGAAAUGCUUAUUUCUCACUUGUAUUCCGAGACAUUGGGCACCGCGGGUGAUAUUGAUUGCGUUAUACCUUUUGCGGCCAUCUCGGAGAACGGGCGGGAAAUCGAUGGGCUUGAUGGUUUCUCUGAAGUCGCUCACCGGGCCAUGCUAGUUAACCUACUUCGCAUGUUGGGCUGUAUCAAGCAACAAAAGCUCGCUCGAGGAUAUAUUGCUAAUCCUACUCAUGUUAUUCUCCCGCUUUCGCCAAACCAUGGGACAUUUGGUGGAGACGGUCUUUACUCCGAGUCAAAAAUCGGCCUGGAAACCCUCUUUAACCGGUUUCAAUCAGAAGGCUGGUCCGACUACUUGACUAUUUGUGGCGCGGUUAUCGGUUGGACUCGCGGAACAAGUCUCAUGAGUGCGAACAACAUUGUUGCGCAGGCGAUCGAGACUCAUGAUGUGGUGACUUUCUCGCAAUCCGAGAUGGCCCUGAAUAUUCUGCUACUCAUGACACCCGAAAUCAUUCAGAAAUGCGAAGAGGUUCCGAUCUAUGCAGAUCUUGGCGGUGGAAUGCAACGACUGGAAGGGCUGAAGGAACUGUCUUCGGCUGCGCGCCGUAGUAUCCAGUCACAGUCUCGGACAGCAAAGGCCAUCGCGGCAGAGGAUGAACAACAGCAGAUUGUCCUGUUCGGACCACCUCCUACAGACAUUGCUCCCCCUCAACGGCAGUUGGCAAACAUACAAAUUGGUCAUGCUGAGCUGCCUGAGUAUGAGAGCGUUACAGCGGGCACCCAAGUGGCUGGUGAGCUGAUUGAUUUGAAAAAAACAAUCGUCGUGGUGGGCUACUCGGAGCUAGGACCAUGGGGCAGCGCCCGCACGCGAUGGGAAAUGGAGCAUGCCAGGGAGUUUAGCCUCGAAGGCUAUGUCGAGAUGGCUUGGAUCAUGGGGCUAGUCAAGCAUCUCGACGGCGACAUCCAGGGCACACCAUACGUGGGCUGGGUGGAUGCGAAGUCGGGGGAUCCCGUUCAGGAUGUUGACUUCAAGGACCGGUAUGGGUCUUAUAUCAAAGACCAUGCUGGCCUCCGGUUUAUCGAGCCGGAACUAUUCGAUGGGUACGAUCCAGCCUGCAAGGAGUUCCUGCAAGAGGUCGUGGUAGAGGAAGAUCUCCCUGUCUUCCAAGCACCUGAGUCUGUCGCCCAGGCUUUCAAGCUCAAGCAUGGCGAUAAGGUCAUUAUCUCUCCAAGAUCCAUUGAGGAAGAUGAAUUUGAGGUUCAGUUUAAGUCUGGGGCGCGAUUCCUAGUUCCCAGAUCGCAGCCCUUCAAUCGACUGGUGGCCGGACAGCUCCCUACGGGUUGGAAUCCUAAAAAGUAUGGUAUUCCUGACGAAAUCAUCUCCCAAGUUGACCCAAUCACUAUCUACGUCUUGUGCUGCGUCACGCAGGCUAUGUUGAGCGCCGGCAUCAAGGACCCAUAUGAGCUCUAUCGCCAUGUGCAUGUGUCCGAGAUUGCCAAUUGUAUUGGUACGGGGGCAGGAGGCCUGUUGGCCAUGAGAGGUGUCUACCGGGAUCGCUAUCUUGAUCGCGAUGUUCAAAGCGACAUCCUCCAGGAAUCUUUUGCCAAUGCUAUGGAUGCUUGGGUGAACAUGCUUCUUCUUGGUGCAGCCGGGCCCAUCAAGUCUCCCUCGGGGACCUGUGCUACUGCUCUGGAAUCGUUGGACAUUGCUUGCGAGGCGAUCCAGUGUGAGAAAGUCAGAGUGGCCAUCGUCGGUGGGACAGACGAUUUACAAGAAGAGAUGUCCUACGAGUUUGCGAACAUGAAAGCCACUGCCAAUAGCGUCGAGGAACUUGCUCGCGGGCGGGCGCCCAGCGAAAUCUCGAGGCCCACCGCAAGCUCCAGAGCCGGCUUCGUGGAGUCGGCAGGAUGUGGCGUGCAGGUGUUGAUGAGCGCCGAGCUCGCUCUGGAGAUGGGCCUUCCAAUUCAAGGAAUCGUCGCCUAUUCGCAGAUGGCGGGCGAUAAAGUCGGUCGGUCAGUGCCUGCGCCAGGAAAAGGCGUGAUGACGGCCGCAAGGGAGUCCGCUUCUGGGCCUUUGUCGCCUUUACUGGAUUCCCGCUUCCGCCAGAGGCAUUUUGACGAUUGGUUGGUUCAGAUCCAGGACUGGAGGAAUCUGCAGAUAGAACGAGCCAGCCGGAGUGGACAGCUCUCGCCAGGCAUGGUCGAGGUCAUCGAGAAUGCUACAGCUAAUCGACUUCAGGAUGCACGUAAUCUUUGGGGUUUGGAAUUACGGCGUCAGGAUAGCGGUAUCUCUCCCAUUCGUGCGGCCCUGGCUGUCUGGGGUCUCGAUAUCGACGACAUCGGUGUGGCGACGUUUCAUGGCACAUCGACUCAAGCAAAUGACAAGAAUGAAUCCGAGGUCAUCAAUACCAUGAUGGAUCACCUAGGACGCUCGAACGGGAACCCCAUCCUCGUGGUGUGCCAGAAGCAUCUGACGGGUCAUCCGAAAGGCGCGGCAGGUGCCUGGAUGUUCAAUGGAGGACUUCAGAUUCUACAGUCCGGGAUCGUGCCUGGAAACAAGAAUGCCGACAAUGUGGACUCAAAAUUAAGGAAUUUUGAGCACCUAAUCUACCCUGCUGAGACAAUCGUCACCUCUAACAUCAAAGCCUUCAUGCUCACCUCCUUUGGAUUUGGACAGAAGGGGGGCUUGAUGCUGGGCGUGGCGCCACGAUAUGUUUUCGCCGCGAUUGACAAGCCUCGAUAUGAGACCUAUCGCAUUAAGUGCACUAGUCGCAUGGCAGCCGCUAACCGUGAGUUCAUCGAGCGCCUAUGUACCAAUUCUCUUUGCCAAGUCAAGUCGGCGUCAGCGUGGUCACCUGAAGACGAAGCCUCGGUAUUCCUCGAUCCUUUCGCGCGAGUUUCUCGUAUUGGGGACGAGUAUGCCUUCGAUGCGGGCAAUCUGCAUCCUGCUGAGGCCGAUACACCGUCGGAGACUUGUUCGGAGACAAGUUCAGGUCGAAGGACGGCGGUCGAAAUGCCAUCGACCCCCAACGCGGUCGAGUUAGUCGACGGGUGUCAGAAGUGGGUGGAGAAGGCGGUUUCGAUGGAGGGCGCGGCGCAUGUCGGUGUUGAUAUCGAAUCAGUAAUGGCGAUCAACAUCGACAACGAGGUUUUUUAG